UGCAGGGUAACCGCACGGAUUGGGAAGCUGAGGAAGCAGCACCAAUAUGGCGACAACCGCAGUUUCUCCUGCAGCUUUUGAACAUCUGCAGUCCAGUUACGCCUUUCGGGAUUUGUGUUAACGCUUAAAAAAGCUGGCUAUCCUGGGUGCUGCAUAAUUAAAAAAAAAAAAGCUUGCUGCAGGAUGAAAAGAUGGCUGCGCCUCUUAUUGCACCACCAGGACCUGACAGUUUCAAAUAUUUCACACGUGAGUCAUUGGCUGCCAUCGAGAAACGCAUUAGUGAAGAGAAAGCCAAGAAGCCACCAAAGCCCGACAGCAGUCAUCGAGAUGACGACGACGAAAACAAGCCCCAUCCCAAUAGUGAUCUGGAAGCAGGCAAGAGCCUGCCUUUUAUCUAUGGCGACAUUCCCUCGGGCAUGGUUGCCGUACCAUUGGAGGACUUGGACCCUUAUUAUUUGAAUGAGAAAACGUUUAUAGUCCUCAAUAAAGGGAAAACAAUCUUCCGUUUUAGUGCCACGCCUGCCUUGUACUGCAUAAGUCCUUUUAAUUUACUUAGGCAAAUAGCUAUUAAAAUUUUGAUACAUUCAGUAUUCAGCAUGAUCAUUAUGUGCACUAUUUUGACAAACUGUGUUUUCAUGACUUUUAGUAAUCCCCCUGAAUGGUCAAAACAAGUAGAGUAUACUUUCACUGGUAUUUAUACAUUUGAGUCAAUUGUAAAAAUUCUUGCUAGAGGAUUCUGUAUAGAUGACUUUACGUUUCUUAGAGAUCCAUGGAACUGGCUUGAUUUUAGUGUAAUUUCAAUGGCAUAUGUGACAGAGUUUGUGGACCUUGGCAAUGUUUCUGCGUUGAGAACGUUCAGGGUUCUCCGAGCUUUGAAAACUAUCUCUGUCAUCCCAGGCCUGAAGACCAUUGUCGGAGCUCUCAUUCAGUCUGUGAAAAAGCUGUCGGAUGUCAUGAUUCUGACAGUAUUUUGUCUCAGUGUGUUUGCUCUGAUUGGACUGCAGUUGUUUAUGGGAAAUCUACGGCAAAAAUGUGUCAUCUGGCCAAUCAACUCCACCGAGGUGUACUUAGGAAACGGAAGCAAAGGUUUUGACUGGGACGAAUACAUCUUGAAUGAAACAAACUUUUAUUUUUUACCUGGAGCCCUUGAUGCCCUUCUAUGUGGAAACAGUUCAGAUUCUGGACGUUGUCCAGAAGGGUAUAUGUGUAUGAAGGCAGGAAGAAACCCCAAUUAUGGUUAUACCAGCUUUGACACUUUUGGCUGGGCAUUCCUUGCUUUGUUCCGACUAAUGACUCAGGACUUUUGGGAAAACUUGUACCAGUUGACCCUAAGAGCUGCAGGCAAAACCUACAUGAUCUUUUUUGUGCUGGUCAUCUUUGUGGGAUCUUUUUACCUGGUUAACUUGAUCUUAGCUGUGGUGGCUAUGGCCUACGAAGAGCAGAACCAGGCAACGCUGGAGGAGGCCGAGCAGAAGGAGGCUGAGUUCAAGGCCAUGCUUGAACAGCUGAAGAAACAGCAAGAGGAUGCACAGGCAGCAGCAAUGGCUACAUCAGCUGGUACAGUCUCAGAAGAUGCAGUGGAAGAUGACGGUGGAGGAAGAAUGUCCCGUAGUUCAUCUGAGAUCUCAAAACUGAGUUCCAAGAGUGCCAAAGAGCGACGCAACCGCAAAAAAAAGUGGCGACAGAAAGAACAGUCCCGGGGUGAAGAAAAGGGAGACAGUGAGAAGUUUGUCAAGUCAGAGUCCGAUGAUGGUAUCAAAAGAAAGUUCCGCUUCCCAGGGGACAACCGACGUCUUUCCAUCAUGAAUCAGUCUCUUCUCAGCAUUCCUGGAUCUCCAUUUCUGUCCCGGCACAACAGUCGCAGUAGUAUCUUCAGCUUCAAGGGACGGUCAAAGGAUGCUGGAUCAGAGAAUGAGUUUGCGGAUGAUGAACACAGCACCGUGGAGGAGAGCGAGGGUCGUCGUGACUCUUUGUUCAUUCCAGUCCGUCGCAAUAGCUACAGUGGCAACAGCCAGGGCAGCCGCUCAUCACGCAUCAUCCCUGUCCUUCCCCACAAUGUCAAGAGGAACAGCACAGUUGACUGCAAUGGUGUGGUCUCCUUAAUCGGCGGGCCUGCUCCAUCUAUGCCUGGUGGACGACUUCUGCCUGAGGUGAUAAUAGAUAAGGCAGCUACUGAUGACAGUCCCACUACUGAAGUGGAAGGCAAAAAGAAGCACUCUGGUUCUCUCAUGGUGUCCGUUGAUCAGCUCAAUACCUCAUUUGGAAGGAAGGACCGAGCCAACAGUGUUCUCAGUGUGCUUACCAACACCCUUGUGGAGGAGCUGGAGGAGUCUCAACGCAAGUGCCCACCCUGUUGGUAUAAGUUCGCAAACACCUUUCUUAUAUGGGAAUGUUGUCCUAUGUGGAUCAAGAUUAAGGAGAUAACAAACCUGAUUGUAAUGGAUCCCUUUGUUGAUUUAGCUAUUACCAUUUGCAUCGUGCUGAACACAUUAUUCAUGGCUAUGGAGCAUUAUCCCAUGACCCCUCAAUUCGAACAUGUGCUCAGCGUUGGAAAUCUGGUGUUCACUGGCAUCUUCACAGCUGAAAUGUUGGCUAAGCUCAUAGCUAUGGACCCUUAUUACUAUUUCCAAGAAGGAUGGAAUAUUUUUGACGGCUUCAUUGUCAGCCUCAGUUUAAUGGAGCUUGGUCUGGCCAAUGUGGAAGGUCUUUCUGUCUUGAGGUCUUUCCGACUGCUGAGGGUUUUUAAACUGGCGAAAUCUUGGCCUACACUGAACAUGCUGAUCAAGAUCAUCGGGAACUCUGUAGGUGCUUUGGGAAACCUGACUCUGGUGCUGGCUAUUAUUGUGUUUAUUUUUGCUGUUGUGGGCAUGCAGCUUUUUGGAAAAAGUUACAAAGACUGUGUGUGCAAGAUUGCCCAAAGCUGUGAACUUCCCCGCUGGCACAUGAAUGACUUUUUUCAUUCUUUCCUGAUUGUUUUCCGUGUUCUCUGUGGAGAGUGGAUUGAAACCAUGUGGGACUGCAUGGAAGUGGCUGGGCAGACAAUGUGUCUAACUGUCUUCAUGAUGGUCAUGGUCAUCGGGAACUUGGUGGUGCUGAAUUUGUUCUUAGCCUUGCUGCUGAGCUCGUUCAGUGCAGACAACCUGGCAGCAACUGAUGAUGAUGGUGAAAUGAACAACUUGCAGAUAUCAGUCAUUCGAAUCAAAAAGGGUAUUGCAUGGGUCAAAGCCAAGGUGCGCAAAUUUAUGGCAGCCCACUUCAAAAAGAAAGUCACAGAUGAAGUAAAACCUCUGGAUGAUAUGUACGACAAGAAGGUUAACUGUAUUGCAAAUCACACAGCAGCAGAUAUUAACAGAGAUAUGGACUUUCAGAAGAACGGAAAUGGCACAACAAGUGGCAUCGGCAGCAGUGUGGAAAAGUACAUUAUGGAUGAAGAACGCAUGUCCUUUAUCCACAACCCAAACCUGACAGUACGAGUGCCUAUUGCUGUUGGCGAGUCAGACUUUGAAAAUCUCAACACAGAGGAUUUCAGCAGCGAAUCUGACAUUGAGGGCAGCAAAGAGAUGGAUGACACCAGCUCUUCUGAAGGGAGUACAAUUGAUAUUAAGCCAGAUGCAGAAGAAGUUGUUGUGGAGCAACCAGAAGAGUAUGUGGACCCAGAUGCUUGCUUUACUGAUGCUUGUGUGGCAAGUUGUAAGGUGUGUCAAGUCAGCAUUGUGGAAGGCUGGGGCAAGCACUGGUGGUAUCUGCGAAAAACUUGCUACUUGAUUGUGGAGCACAACUGGUUUGAGACCUUUAUCAUCUUCAUGAUCCUCCUCAGCAGUGGUGCACUGGCUUUUGAAGACAUUUAUAUUGAGCAACACAAGAUGAUUCGCACCAUUUUGGAGUAUGCAGACAAGGUUUUCACUUAUAUCUUCAUUCUGGAGAUGUUGCUUAAGUGGGUGGCCUAUGGCUUUGUGAAGUAUUUCACCAACGCAUGGUGCUGGCUUGACUUCUUCAUUGUUGAUGUCUCUAUAGUCAGCCUUAUAGCUAAUGCCCUGGGCUACUCGGAUCUAGGUCCUAUUAAGUCACUUAGGACUCUAAGAGCUUUGAGACCCCUAAGAGCCUUGUCACGUUUUGAAGGGAUGAGGGUUGUAGUCAAUGCCUUAGUGGGAGCCAUUCCUUCCAUUAUGAAUGUACUUCUGGUCUGCCUUAUCUUCUGGCUGAUUUUCAGUAUUAUGGGAGUCAACCUGUUUGCGGGCAAAUAUGGUUACUGCUUCAAUGAGACAGAAGAAGCAUAUUUUGAUUCUAGUAUCGUAAACAACAAAUCGGAGUGUGAAGACUUAAUCGAACAGAACUACACAAAUGUGCGAUGGAAAAGUGUGAAAAUCAACUUUGAUAAUGUGGGUGCAGGAUACCUGGCUCUACUCCAAGUGGCUACCUUUAAAGGCUGGAUGGACAUCAUGUAUGCUGCAGUGGAUUCAAGAAGGGUGGAAGAACAACCCAUAUAUGAAGACAAUAUCUACAUGUACAUCUACUUUGUCAUCUUCAUCAUCUUUGGAUCCUUCUUCACUCUAAAUCUUUUCAUUGGUGUAAUCAUUGACAAUUUCAACCAGCAGAAGAAAAAGUUUGGAGGUCAAGAUAUCUUCAUGACAGAAGAGCAAAAGAAGUAUUACAAUGCCAUGAAAAAACUGGGUUCUAAGAAGCCCCAGAAGCCUAUUCCUCGGCCAUUGAACAAAAUCCAAGGAGUGGUUUUUGACUUUGUCACCCAGCAAGCUUUUGACAUUUCCAUCAUGAUACUCAUCUGUUUGAACAUGGUGACAAUGAUGGUGGAAACAGAUGACCAGAGCGAUCAAAUGGAAAAAGUCUUGUACUGGAUCAAUUUUAUUUUCAUUAUUGCCUUCACCACCGAAUUUGUCUUGAAACUGUUUGCCCUUCGUCAUUAUUACUUCACCAUUGGCUGGAACAUUUUUGAUGUUGUGGUUGUCAUCUUAUCUAUUGUAGGAAUGUUCCUGGCGGACCUUAUCGAGAAGUACUUUGUGUCUCCAACGCUGUUUCGAGUAAUCCGACUGGCUCGCAUUGGCCGCAUCCUUCGUCUCAUCAAAGGAGCCAAGGGGAUCCGAACCUUAUUGUUUGCUCUCAUGAUGUCCUUACCUGCCUUGUUCAACAUUGGUCUUUUGCUCUUCUUGGUCAUGUUUAUCUUUUCUAUAUUUGGAAUGUCUAACUUUGCCUACGUGAAAAAAGAAGCUGGAAUUGAUGACAUGUUUAACUUUGAAACGUUUGGCAACAGUAUGAUCUGCCUCUUUCAGAUCACCACUUCAGCUGGCUGGGAUGGCCUGUUGCUACCCAUCCUAAAUCGACCACCCGACUGCAGCCUGGAUAAAGAGCACCCCGGCAGCCAGGUCAAGGGUGACUGCGGCAACCCUUCAGUAGGAAUCUUUUUCUUUGUCAGCUACAUCAUUAUCUCCUUUCUGAUUGUGGUUAACAUGUACAUUGCCAUCAUCUUGGAGAAUUUCAGUGUAGCAACCGAAGAGAGUGCGGAGCCGCUCAGUGAGGAUGACUUUGAGACCUUUUAUGAGAUCUGGGAGAAGUUUGACCCGGAUGCCACUCAAUUCAUCGAAUACGCCAAACUGUCCAACUUCGCCGAUGCCCUGGAGCACCCGCUGCGUGUCCCCAAACCAAACACCAUUGAACUUAUUGCCAUGGACUUGCCCAUGGUCAGUGGGGAUCGCAUCCACUGCUUGGACAUCUUGUUUGCAUUUACCAAGCGUGUGUUGGGGGACAGUGGGGAGUUAGACAUCCUGCGUCAGCAGAUGGAGGAACGCUUUGUUGCCUCCAACCCAUCCAAAGUGUCCUACGAACCCAUCACGACCACUCUAAGACGCAAACAAGAGGAGGUUUCUGCAAUCUUCAUCCAGCGUGCUUACAGGCGACAUUUAGCGAAAAGGGGAUUUGUGUGCAAAAAAGGGCAGGGUACCAAACUAGAAAACGGAGGUGCCAACCAAGAGAGGAAAGAGGGCACCCCCUCAACAGCAUCCCUCCCUUCUUAUGACAGUGUCACAAAACCCGACAAGGAAAAACAAUAUGACAAUGAAGGGAAAGGCAAAAAAGAAAAAGGCAAAAACCAAAAAGAUGUCAGGGAAUCUAAGUGUUAGAGUAUACAAAAAAACAGAUUAUUUCAUUUUGCAAGUAAAGAAUAUAUAUUGUUUACAGACUUCACAAAUGUAUUAAUUGCAGAACAGCAACCCAGUUUCUACAGCUAUGAAGACACUUAAAUUGAUUUAAACCAAACAUAAUCAGCUUUGUGUGUGACAAAACAAAAAAGAAAUGGAAAAGGAACCCAUGCCGCCUGUCUGGGAACUUCUCUGGGAAAAGCCCUCCAUUGCAGACGGAUGGAACAACACGAGGGUGGGUGGAUGUGCCACAUCAGCAAACACGCAUGUGGAUGAACCCAAAGGCUGCUGGGGAAAUGCCGUACCUUUCCAAAGUGGUCCGAAGGAUUUUAUUUUCUCACUUUCUUUAGUAAUUGAGAAAACAAAAUGAAACAGAGUGAAACAUGGAACAAUAUGCAGAACAAGAAGAAAAAAAGGGUUUGUUUGUUCAUGCAGAUUAUACUUGCAUCUUUACAUUUUUUGAGCGGCAAAAAAACCAUUUAACAUUUAGCCCAUGUCACUUAAUUCAACUCAUGUUUUCUUUGUUAUAUCUGCAUAAAAAAAAAAAAAACAAAACAAAACAAAAAAAAAAGGUUUUUCUACAUGGGCUUUCACAUUGAUUGGGAUAAUGGGGAUAUAUCAGGGUUUUGACUCGGGCUGAAGGGGACUUGCUCAGGCCGAUUUCCAAAAAAAAAAGAAAAAAAGAAAAAAGAGAAAAAAAAAUAAAUAAAUAAUUGUGCUCGUUCAAUGCAUAGAAAUGACUUGCAUGAUGGCAUGCUGUGAUCAGGAAUCAUGCAUGAUGAAUCAUAGUCCACAAGACACUAAUAAUCGGUUCACAUCAGUGACUGGGCCAUAUGUUUGAGGCUGUCCGCUGGGAAUUAAACCGUACACGACAUUAGGGGAACAACGUAAUAUACCAUGCCCUUCACAAAUAGAACACAACUGACCAAUCUUUUCAUUCAGCCUCACUAGAAAUUUGAAAUGGAGAACGUUGGUGUGCACUGAAUAGCUGAUGUUCUGACCUUUGAGUAUGCAGCCAUUGUUGCACAUUAAAGGAACAAUGAACUCAAUACCAAUUUGCUGCUCUGGAUUUUCUGAAAGGGGAUCAAAGUGAAAUGCAAGAAUGGUUUGUGAUCUGGAAAUAAAACAACAAAAAAAUAAUUAAACACUGUAAACCAAAAAAUAGGGCUUAUUAAAAACAAUGAUCAUUUGUAUCUUGCAAUAUUUAUUAACAAAUCUUAAGACUGCAGCCUACACACUUUUUUUUUUUUUGAAAGAGUGAAUGCAGAGAACGCUGAUUUUGUUUUUUAUUUUUUUAGUUGUAACACAAGCUGCCAAUAUCGAAGAAAUCCGUAUGUGGGGAAGUCAAAACCUCGACAUCUGUACCAUGUCAACAAAUUAUUUAUUUAAUUGUAAUAUUUUCAUUGACUUGUCUCCUGAUGCUUUGAUGAAUUUCUCAUUUCCAAACCUUAGUGAAAACCAUCAUUUCUCUUUUUAUAGAUUAACAUAUUUGUUGUUGUACUACGUGUACUAUUCUGAACUGCCAUGUCUGGUAAGAGAAAAGGUGAAAAUGCAGAACAGGUAACAUCUUCAAGGCAACCGGCAUUCUCCCUCUAAGUGGUGAAGUGAUUGGACGUAGCAGAUUGUCUUUGUUAAUUUUCUGAGCAGGCAGUCUGUAUCUGUUGAAUUGUCCUUUUUUUUUUGUCUUUCACAACAAUGGGAAAGCAAUUCUCUCAUACGUAAAUGUCAGCCAUUUGUUCUUUAAACUUGUCAAAGCGAGUGCAUUAUUUUUGCUCAUACUGACCACGAGUUUCGGAAGCCUUGCGUUCAAAAACCUGCACAAAAAAAAACAGAUGAACAUGCUUGACACUGACUCAGUUAUAUAAAGUAACACCAAGUCCUAAAGUACCGCAUCCAGAAAACACACUGACACGUCGCCUCGCUUUUUUUUUCCUUUUGUGUUAUUGUCUGUGUUUACCACUGAUAUCGGCCUACCUGCCUGCCUGCUGAUGUUAUAAGAUGUAACGCUGCUCCACUUGCUAUGUGGCGUCACUGGUUAUUUUUAAAAUGGAUCUUUUGAUCUCUGCCAAAUAACAGCUGAAUGAGAACUCACUGCUGCCCUAUUAGUGUCCCCACUUACAGCUAAAAUAUUGUGUAUUAUAAGUAAUAAAUAAAUAGAUAUAUAUAUGUACAGUAUUGGCUAUGUAGUAAGUGGCACAAAAAUGCUGAAACGUUAUGGUUGAACUUUUUAAGAGAAUAUUAUAAAUAAUGUAAUAUAUCAGUUUAUUUUAUUGGCAUGCUUUUUUGUAAAUACAGAAUAAAAACUUUAACGAAAUAGAAUGGCUUCCAGCUGAUGCCAUUGUCACGAUUGUUACUUUUUAUUUUUAAAAGCAUUGAACUUGAAGGGGAAAACAAUGCAGUAUCAAUGUCCCAGACCUUCGUCCCUCAACACAAGUACAGUACACCCCCUGCAUACAUAAAACAGCAGCAAUGUGCAGACCGGCGGGCCGUCUCGAAACGUGCAAUAAGUUCAGCAAAUGACCACGUUUACGGCUAAGUCAUCUGGGCCUGGAUUCCUGCCUGUGGGACUUAUCCAUCUCCAAGACAAUAAGAGCAUUACGCUACCAGCACAUACCUUAGUACCUUUCUGAUGUCGCCCUCGAACAUCGCAAUGGAGUGAUUUUGCUGCUCUUGAUGACUCCCAAUAACACACACACACACUCACAUAUACUGUACACACACUCACACCCUUUGAUUAAGAUAUAUAUAUAUAUAUUGGUUUGUUUUUUUUUUUUUGUUGGUGCAGUUUUUCUACGCCAUGUGCCUUUUCACUUCUGCCACUAGCAUAUUAAAAUUACACCAAAUUAUUACAGGAGCAAAUGAAGUAGCACAACCGACCUGCCAAGAGGUCCUAGGAAGGUGGGCUGGUUAGAGGAGCCAGGAAACUGCCUGAUUUAAAGUCAAAAAAAGGGUUAUGUUGUUGUCUGUUAUUAAUAUUAUGAUUUUUGAGCUGUUCACUCUGUGUAUACGAGUUGCUGGAAUGGGUACACUGCCUUGACACUUCUGUCGUGAACUGGGUAGCAUGAUUAUAACGAAGCCUUUCUUUUCUAUUUUGAUUUUAUUUCUUUUUUUUUUUUUUUUUUUGCGAAUGCUGGAAAUACUUGUGUUUGCUGUUCCAUUGUUUGUUAGAAAAGGAAGGAAAUGAAAGCUUGCAAGAGAAAAGGAAUGAAAUGUGUUGCAUGACCAUUUAGGAGUUUUCGCGAAAAACAGAAUGAGGGAAUGCAUCACAUGCAUGUCCGCUCUCUCUGGCUGCUGGGUUCAGGGAGAUCCCCUGUAUUUGAAAAGGAAACAAUAGCCAUAGGGGGUUUGGGGGGGGGUGUUUCUUAGGUGAAAAUAUUGGGGGGGGGGGGUUCUUUACGGUAAGCCACAUCCCAGGUUGCAUAAAACGGCAUCCUGUUUCAAAGCCAUGCCCACAUGGACUCUUAUUUGCUUGAAAAUGUCCAAGGAAGCAGGCAAGACAGAGGUCAGUAAACCGAUUGAGACCCUAGCGUGCGACCCUGCCUCCGUUGUGGCGUGGAGCUUGUCACGUGCUGCCCCGUCUCCUCCAGACAGCCAAAAAAAACCCGAGAGUGGCACCUCGUGACAAUGUGGGGGAUGUGAGCGUCACGUUUUUUUGUUUUUUGCUGGUGAAGUUUGCUUUUCUUUGCAAUUCCUCAAAUGGUCGCACAACUCGUUUCAUUUUUUUUGUUGUUGUCUUUUCUUCUCAUUGAUGAUUAAUGAUGUACUUGAAACAGAGCACACUGGAAGGUAUUUUCCAAAAAAAAAAAAAAAAAAAAUGAAAAGAAAUGGUAAAAUAAAAUGAAAGAAGCCACAGUAAACAAAUAAAUCUAUGCUUUUUGUUAAAAAAAACAAAACAAAAAAAAAAAAGUCUUCCUGGGGAUAUGAAAAGUUUACACAACUAAAAAGCAAAAGAUUUUUGUUUGCCUCAUCUGGAUGCUUUCUGCUUCCUGCAGUUGUGUCGUCGCACUGAGGUUUCGCACGCGUGUCAAGUGUGUACGUUUGGAGCCGGGCCGGGGCCAGGCGGUGCCGUGCCGUGUUGUGCCACUCACUCCGCUCCACUGGCACAACACGCCGGUUACGCCGGCCCAAGCUGAGACUCAUUGUGCUUUUCUUUUGUUUCCUUUAUUUCCCUUUUUACCUCUGUUGCUAAUUUUCGUUUUUCUUCCACAACAGAGACAAACUGUAUACGUGAACAAUAGCAAACCUGAGUAGUAUUUAAUUAGUUAAAAAUGCAUGGUGGCUGAUGCUGAUCUUGCCCAAACUAAUGGCUAAACUACAUAACUAAUAUUAUAAAUGAAAAGAGAAUAAAGGUUACCCUUUUUACUGUACCAGGUAA